AGAUGAUAGACGAGAUCGCACGAACUAAACCGAAAACACAAACCAAGGAAGAAUUGGGAUUAAUCCAUCCUAGGAAUUGGAAGGUGCUGACGUUAAUCGUUGAAAUUUCAAACUAUUAGAACACCUAUCUUGGCUUCGUUGAUCAACUCGUAGUACUUACGUACUACCGUUGUAGUACCACUGUCAAUCCACUUCUGGCGUUAUUGACUCAGCAAUCUACUAUUGAGCUGUUCAAGGGUCUCAAUAUAUUUCAGUUGUGGUUAAAUUAUUUUAUUGCCCAAAAAAUGUAAUAUCAGUUAUUUGAAUUAAAUAUGAUUUUAUUCUUGAUAUAGAAUAUUUUUUUCACCUACUAAGUUUAUUAUUUACAUAUACUAAUGGUGGUUAUAUUUUACUGAAACAAUUCGAUUUGACAUAAAAACGAUGAUGUCUUCUAAAAGCGAAUUGAAAAAGCUAUCUGAGGAGAGUUUAACCCGACAGCCGGAAGAAGUUUUUGAUAUCAUCUGCAAGCUCGGAGAAGGAUCUUAUGGUUCCGUAUACAAAGCAUUGCACAAAGAAAGCGGGCAAGUGCUUGCAAUCAAGCAGGUCCCCGUGGAUACAGAUUUACAGGAAAUAAUCAAAGAAAUUUCUAUCAUGCAACAAUGUGAUUCUCCAUACGUUGUCAAAUAUUAUGGAAGUUAUUUCAAAAAUACAGAUUUAUGGAUCGUUAUGGAAUAUUGCGGAGCUGGUUCGGUAAGUGAUAUAAUGAGGCUGAGAAAGAAGACAUUGCAGGAAGAUGAAAUAGCGACUAUUCUUUGCGAUACACUUAAAGGCCUUGAAUACCUCCAUCUCAGAAGAAAAAUUCACAGAGACAUCAAAGCUGGCAAUAUUUUACUCAAUAACGAAGGCCAUGCCAAGUUGGCUGACUUUGGCGUUGCUGGACAACUUACAGACACUAUGGCCAAGCGAAAUACAGUGAUUGGAACACCUUUCUGGAUGGCACCAGAAGUUAUUCAAGAAAUUGGUUAUGAUUGUGUUGCGGACAUAUGGUCAUUGGGAAUAACAGCCCUUGAAAUGGCUGAAGGAAAACCUCCAUAUGGGGAUAUUCAUCCAAUGCGUGCCAUUUUCAUGAUUCCUACUAAACCACCACCAAGCUUCAGAGAGCCUGAUCAGUGGAGUGCAGAGUUUAUAGAAUUCGUUAGUGGUUGCCUUGUGAAAAAUCCAGAAGAACGAGCGACUGCCACUGAACUUCUCAAUCAUGAAUUUAUAGAAGGUAAUGCAAAGCAGCCAAGUAUCCUUAGUCAAAUGAUCGCGGAGGCUCAUGAAAUUAGAGAAAAACAAACUAACAGAGCACAUGUUAUAAACAAUGUUGCAAUUAAGGGAAAAAUUCACGCGGAUGACUCGGAUGAAGACGAUUGCAGUGGAACUAUGAAACCUCUCCCAGAAGAUGCUGGAACAUUAGUUCCUGGUGUAGAUCUCCCAGAUACAGGAACUUUAGUGUCAGCCAUGUUAGAUUUAGGAACAAUGGUCAUUAACAGCGAUACUGACACAGAAGCAACGAUGAAAAGGCAUAAUACGGGAUCGGUAGAGUCUGGAAAAAAAUAUCGUCCUUUGUUUUUGGACCAUUUUGACAAAAAAGAAGCAACUGAAAUCGGAAGUGACAACGGGCAUAUGCUAGCAGGACACAAUCCUGAAGCUGAGCCUAAAUUGGAAGUGCAAAGUCCAACAGAAUCUCAGAGGUUUCAAAGUCACCUUCAGCUACAGCUCAAUCAAAUUUCAUGUCCUGUCCAGGAACCGGCUCAAAAUAACAUAUCUAAAUUUCAAAACGCAUUCACGGAACGAGACUUUGAUUUUAUAAACAAGCAUGUCCUUCAGCUGAAGUUCCUCUCAUACGAGGAGCUGCAGCAACGAAUGGCCAGCCUGGAUGCAGAGAUGGAACGUGAGAUAGAUGAGCUUAGACGAAGGUACCAGACAAAAAGGCAACCAAUUCUUGAUGCCAUGGACACAAAGCGCAAGCGUCAACAAAACUUCUAACGCUUCGGUAUAGUUUCAUUGAUUUCCUUGUAUUGUUUUUUGCUAGACAAAGUAAUCAAAGAGCGUGAUAGAUAAAAGGGUGUACAGUUGUAUAAAUGAAUAGAUGAUAAUUAAAAUUUCUCAGCCUAGUUUCACUAAUAAAAAUUCAUUAUUCCGUAUCUAUUUUGUAAUACAUGAUAACAAAGAAAAAAAAAGUACACCGCAAUAAUUUUUACACUAGCAAUGAAUAUUUUCUUCGUGAAUCUAGGAACUAGUUUAUAUUUAGCGAAAUACGAACACGUCACCAAUGUAAAUUAUUUUGCAUAAAUUAAAAAUGAAAUCGCAACCAUACUUAAUUUUUUUUUGCUAUAUUACUGUACGUAUUGUUAAAUGAUAUUCUUAUAGAAAUUAUCAAAUAUAUAAGGCUAAUUGAGAAAAUAAAUCACGUACUAACAUCGAUUUGAUCGGA